CUGCUUAGCAGUUCGUGACAACGUGCGUCGGAAGCGAGUGAGUCUCCUGUACUUUGUCUAUAUUAAACGUUUAUGUAAAGGUGAUUGCUGUUGAGUAGCGAAACUUAGGCUGUUUUUGGAGUGAACGUGAAUAAAUUUUCGUUUAGUCGCCUGGAUACCUCGUUUGUUUAGAUAGAUACGUUAAUUUUUGCGAGUGAACUGAACUGACUCUGCCCACGCUUCGGUUCCGCAGCGUACACUGUCUGUCUGACUUAGUGACUAAGUCUUCGGAUCCUGAAUUCCUCCCCGCCGCCAUGAUCGUCCCCAUACGCUGCUUCACGUGCGGCAAGAUCGUGGGGAACAAGUGGGAGGCCUACCUGGGCUUACUGCAGGCCGAGUACACCGAGGGUGAUGCCCUCGAUGCCCUGGGCCUGAAGAGGUACUGCUGCCGGAGGAUGCUGCUGUCUCAUGUGGACCUCAUUGAGAAACUGCUCAACUAUGCCCCUCUGGAGAAGUGAAGAGGUGUUGCUGGACUCUGUGUGCAGCCAAAGCCCUGCCUCACUACUUGUACAGAUUUUAUGGCUUGCAUCCCCUUUGUGACCUUCAUUUGAUGAGUUUAUUUUGUUACUAUUAAAAAAAAGAAAAACACGA